UUCUCUCUUCUGCAACCCCAGCAAGCAUCAUUAACCACCUGUUACUUGCUACACCUGCUUCUUCUUUUACGUGAUGGACGCAGCAGAAAACUCAUCCCGGAGGAAUUCCAAUACUCAGCUUUUGGAAGAGCUUGAAGCGCUCAGCCAAUCUCUCUAUCAAACCCACACUACCACCAACCGAAGAACUGCCUCACUCGCACUUCCUCGAACUUCUGUUCCCUCACUUGCUUCCGUCGAUGAGACCACCUCAAUCAAAGUUUAUGAUAAGUCCACCUCCAGACCCCGCUCCCGGCGCUUGUCCUUGUCGCCAUGGCGUUCUCGGCCAAAGCCUGAUGAUGAUGACGCGAAGACAAAGCCAUCUAAUCAACCCAGCGCCAAGAAGCUUGAUGAAACAGCUACUUCAAACGAGAAGAAAGGAAUUUGGAACUGGAAGCCAAUACGUGCUCUUUCUCGUAUUGGGAUGCAGAAACUGAGCUGUUUGUUCUCGGUUGAAGUGGUCGCCAUUCAAAGUCUUCCAGCUUCGAUGAACGGUCUCCGGCUUUCCGUUUGCAUUAGGAAGAAAGAAACCAAGGAUGGUACUGUUCACACGAUGCCAUCAAGGGUCUCACAAGGAGCUGCCGAUUUUGAAGAGACCCUGUUUGUAAAGUGUAAUGUGUACUGCACUCCAGGCAAUGGAAAUCAGCUGAAAUUCGAGCCACGGCCGUUUUGGAUUUAUGCAUUUGCAGUUGAUGCUGGAGAGCUUGAUUUCGGGAGAGGAACUGUUGAUUUGAGUCAGCUCAUUCAGGAAUCUAUGGAGAAGAAUCAAGAAGGUACUCGGAUUCGGCAGUGGGACACAAGCUUCAACCUUUCUGGAAAGGCUAAAGGAGGAGAACUUGUUCUCAAGUUGGGAUUUCAGAUUAUGGAGAAGGAUGGAGGGGUUGAUAUUUACAGUCAAGCUGACAAAUUGAAGCCAAGUAAAUCCAGAAAUUUCACAUCGUCUUUUGGCCGUAAACAGUCUAAAACAUCAUUCAGUAUUCCUAGUCCAAGGAUGACAAGUCGAAGCGAAGCUUGGACUCCUUCUCAGACAAAAUCAGCAGCAGAUCUUCAAGGAAUAGAUGACUUGAAUCUUGAUGAGCUAGGCCCAGUUCCUUCCUCACCUCCCCCAGUUCAGAAAUCACAAGUACCAGAACCAAAGAUUGAAGAACUUGAAUUCCCAGAAUUUGAUGUUGUGGACAAAGGAGUUGAGAUUCAAGACAAAGAAGAGUCUGAAGUAAAUGUUGAAACAAAGUCUGCAUCAUCAAUUGAGAUUGUCAAGGAGAUGGUGCAUGAUCAGGUACAUCUUACCAGAUUAAACGAGCUUGAUUCAAUUGCUCAGCAGAUAAAAGCACUUGAAUCUAUGAUGGGAGAAGAAAAAAUAGUUCGAAUAGAAGAUGAAAUUGAAUCACAAAAACUGGAUGCAGAUGAAGAGACUGUAACAAGAGAAUUUCUUCAGAUGCUUGAGGCUGAAGAGAUUAACACAUACAAAUUCAAUCGACCUGAAAUUCCACCUAUUCAGCUUGGUGAAACUGAUGAUUCCGCAGAUUCUGAGUCCAAAGUGUAUCUGUCUGAUCUUGGCAAGGGCUUAGGCUGUGUAGUGCAAACAAGAAAUGGAGGAUACUUAGCAUCCAUGAAUCCUCUAGAUACUGUUGUCGUGAGGAAAGACACUCCAAAAUUAGCCAUGCAGAUAUCAAAACCCAUUAUUAUUCCAACACAUAAAUCCAUGAGUGGGUUUGAAUUAUUUCAGAAAAUGGCAGCCAUUGGUUUUGAGGAACUCAGCUCUCAAAUCUUAUCAUUGAUGCCCAUGGAUGAACUGAUUGGGAAGACUGCAGAACAGAUAGCUUUUGAAGGCAUAGCUUCUGCAAUCAUCCAAGGGAGAAACAAAGAAGUUGCUAGCUCCAGUGCUGCUCGUACCAUUACUUCCGUAAAAAACAUGGGAAAUGCUAUUAAUACAGGCCGGAAAGGGAGGAUUUUAACAGGAAUUUGGAAUGUAGAUGAAAAUCCAUUGACAGCAGAGGAAAUUUUGGCUUUCUCGUUACAGAAGCUUGAGGCAAUGUCAGUUGAGGGGUUGAAAAUUCAGGCAGAAAUUGCAGAGGAAGAUGCUCCAUUUGAAGUUUCUCCACUCAAUGGAAAGACGAGCACAAGUGGUGAGAGAGAAAACAAUAAUCUUUUGGCAUCCGCUAUUCCACUUGAGGACUGGAUAAAAAAUUACAGCCCAUCUACUUCGGAUGGUGAGUCCGGGGACCCUGCAACAAUCACAGUAGCAGUGGUUGUCCAGCUACGGGAUCCCUUGAGGCGAUAUGAGGCAGUUGGAGGUCCUGUGGUAGCACUUAUACAAGCAACCAGCACUGAUGACAAAGAAGACAAUUAUAAUGAGGAAAAAAAAUUCAAAGUGACAAGUUUACAUGUUGGAGGUUUGAAGCUAAGAAAAGGAGGAAAGAGGAACAUGUGGGAUGCAGAGAGGCAGAGGCUGACUGCAAUGCAGUGGCUGGUGGCUUAUGGACCGGGAAAGGGAGGAAAAAGAGGGAAACAUGUGUUGGCAAAGAGGCAAGAUCUGUUGUGGAGCACUUCCUCAAGAAUAAUGGCUGACAUGUGGCUCAAACCAAUGAGAAAUCCAGACGUAAAGUUUACAGGCUAAAGUCUCGGUGAAUUUGUUCCUAUAUUGUAUUCACAGCACUGCUGGAGCAUGCAGGCAAUAGCAAAACCCCACCUCAAAGGUUUAUAUAAGAUUUGUUGCAGUUGUAAGUAGAGUAAGUUCAUCAUUGCAUUAGAUUUUGUUGCAGUUGUAAGCACAAAGUUCAGUCUAUUCAUAAUGGAAAUACGGUUCCCAGACUCCAA